GCAAACAAACCCCGUGGACUUCAGGCAGCACGCAAGCUCCGCAACGACCGCAGGGAGAACCGCUGGGCACGUAUCUCUGCGGACAAGGCCUACAAGAAGCGUGCUCUCGGUAACAUCUACAAGACCUCGCCCACGGGUGGUUCAUCUCACGCAAAGGGUAUCGUGCUCGAGAAAGUCGGUGUUGAGGCUAAGCAGCCCAACUCUGCCAUCCGCAAGUGCGUGCGUGUACAAUUGAUUAAGAACGGAAAGAAGGUGACCGCUUUCGUGCCGAAUGACGGUUGCCUGAACUUCGUCGACGAGAACGACGAGGUCCUUAUCUCCGGUUUCGGUCGCCGCGGCAAGGCCAAGGGUGAUAUUCCAGGUGUGCGUUUCAAGGUCGUGAAGGUAUCUGGCGUCGGUCUUCUGGCUCUCUGGAAAGAAAAGAAGGUAAGUGUUGCAGUAGUGUAUCCUAGGCGCGCCAUUUUGACAUGGUGUGAUUGUGCAGGAGAAGCCCCGAUCAUAAAUCCAUGA